UCGACGCUCGCGACGGCCAGGCGGUCAGCGUAUCGGGUGGGGACGGCCACGGGCCGCGCGCAGUCCCGGCCAACGGCGCCCGCCGCUCAGGUCAGCCGGCGCGCUGGGGCUCGCGGCUUAGCCGCUCGUCCUGGGAGCCGAACAGCCGGGCCCGGCGCACGCCGGGGGUGGCGAGAGGCGCGCUCCGGGUCCACGGCCCUCGUCCAGCAGCUAUGCAACACGCGGCUCAUACCCUGCAACGAAGCGCCGGGACUCCGUUCAGGCCCUCGACGGCACUGCGCGAUGUGUACCGCCUCAAGGGCCGCAGCGAGGCCAAGCCGCUGGCCGUGUGCCUGGGCCGCGUGGCCGACGUCUACAGGUACUGCCAUGUGAGAGUACCUGAGGAGCUCCUGAAAGACCUGUUGCCAGGCCCAGUGACCCUGGUGAUGGAACGCUCCGAGGCUAUUGGGGAUGGCCAGAGCCCUGAGUGUCGCCUUGGCUCCACUGUGGUUGAUUUAUCUGUACCUGGAAAGUUUGGCAUCAUUCGUCCAGGCUGUGCCCUGGAAAGUACGACAGCCAUCCUCCAACAGAAAUAUGGGCUGCUUCCCUCACAUGGAUCCUGCUAGUGAAACUCGGAGGGAAGGCCCGAGGACUGGUGCUGGAUACUAUGUGUCUGUCCACUGGUGGUUGGCGAGGCCUCGUUUGCAGAGGCCGCUGGAGCUACAUCACUAGCCUGACCCGUUAGGCAUUGUAUCUUUCCAAACACUGUAGACCAAGCCCCAGAAGCUGCUGGGGAAAAGGCUAUAUUUAUUAUUUAUAGUUUAAUAUGUCAGUCAAAAGCCAAAUGGGGAGGUUAAGAACAUUCCUAGGUGGCCUUGUUCUGAUAAGUUUCUUCUCUUUUUU